CUUCAGGAGAUCUCCUGGGUGAUUCCUCUGCCUUCCAUGUGAACUGAAUUGUGACUGAAGAGCUACAGAAGGAAACAGUUGUGGGAUUUUGUCAUAUUUUUUUUCUUUGUCUUUGCUGUGUUCAAUUGUUUUUGCUAUUCAAUUAGCAUAAUAAGCAUUGCAUUUAUAGCAGUUUGAAUUUGAGAUUUUAUUUGAUUGUUAUCAGAUUGCAUGUUUGAUUUUAUCCUAUGGGGGUCUGUACAGGGCAGGCGAUAUGUUAGUCUGGUCCCAGAGCUGUUGUUUGAAAUUGACAACUACCUUAGGAUUUGGCUAUAUAGAGAUCUGGGACCACCCUGUCAAUGUUUCUCAUAGAGGUAUAAUGAAUGUAUGUUUGUCCUAAUGUAUACGACAGAGACAUGUCCAAUACAACACCACCAUUCCAGACCUGUAUAAGCAAUAUACUAUAUUACAGAUACAGUGAGGUCCAGAAGUAUUUGGACUGUGACAGUGUUGUUUUUGUUUUGGUUCUGUACUCCAGCACUUUGAAAUUAUACAAUGACUAUAAACACAGACUGUCAGCUUAAUUUGAGAGUAUUUUCAUUCAUGUUCAUAAUGUCGAAUUGUUCAGAAACAUAUUCUAUUCAUAUUUACAGUAAAAGUGACUCCAAAAUGACACAAUACAUUAUUUACCAUUCAUUUCUAUUGGGCAUAGAUAAUCUGAUACACAACCAACUGCAAAUGCAUCCAACAAGUUUGUAGAGUCACCAGCUUGAUUUAGUCAUUGUGUGCUAGGAAUAUGGGACCAAAUACUAAACUUUUGAUGACUUUAAUACACAUAUAAGUGAAUUUGUCCCAAUUCUUUUGGUUCCUUAAAAGGGAGGAGACUAUGUACAAAAAUUACUGUCAUUUCUGAAAGGCUCAUCUGAUAUGGAUUUUUUAUUUAUCCUUUAUUUAACUAGGCAAGUCUGUUAAGAACAAAUUCUUAUUUACAAUGACAGCCUAAACCAGCCAAACCCGGACGAAGCUGGGCCAAUUGUGCACCGCCCUAUGGGACAGCCUGGAAUCAAACCAGGGUCUGUGGUGACGCCUCUAGCACUGAGAUGCAGUGCCUUAGACCACUGCGCCACCAAGUGCUAGUGUACAAAGCCAAAACAACAAAAAAUGUGUCACUGUCCAAAUGCUUUUGGACCUCACUGUACAUGUAAUAUAAAUAUUUUUUUGAAGUAUUUUUGUCUCUACAGAUGCGCCUGAAACAUGUUCAAUACAACACCCCCAUUCCAGCUCCUGUCCAACAACGUUUCGUUGACCAAUCAGAGGUUGGCAGUGCCCAUAAGGACGUUCAUGGGCUUUCUGUCUGUGUCUCCAUGUCUCCUCUUCCUCUAUAUUAACACUAUCAUGCUGUACAGUCUGAAGAGCAAGCCCGUGUUCAGAGAGACCUCACGCUAUAUCUUGUUUGGUAACCUCCUCUUCGCCGACACCAUCCUACUGGUGACCAGCCAACUGCUGUACAUAUUAGCUGUCGCUGGGUUGUUUGUGAUCCGAUAUAUAUGUGUUGUGAUUGUGUUGGUGGCCAUUUUCACCAGCGCUGUUUCCCCUCUCAACCUGUCUGUGAUGUCGCUAGAGAGGUACGUGGCUAUAUGUUAUCCUCUGAGGCAUGCCUCCAUUGUCACCCCCGGGACUACGGGCGUGGUCAUUGCUGUGGUGUGGAUCCUGUGUUCCCUAAACACUAUCAUUAAGCUUGUCAUGCUGCUGGUUCUAGAGUCCAUGCCCCUGGACCAGUUCAUGCGGGAAUUCUGCUCUACCAGCGAGCUUUUCCACCUGAAGAUUCACAACCAGGUAGACAACGUGUUCAUCAGCAUCGUCUUCAUGACCGUUGGUUUUAUCAUCAUAUACUCCUACAUCGCUAUGAUGAUGGUAGCCAAGUCCGCCUCCUCAGACAAGGACAUAAACACCAAGGCUCGUAACACGGUUCUACUGCACCUGAUCCAGCUAGGCCUGAGUCUCUCCUCCACCCUGGUUCCUACUAUAGUGUCAGCCUUGAAAUCCAGAGCAAUGGACAAAGCCACACAGAUUGAGUAUAUUGUGUUUAUCAUCCUGAUUAUCCUGCCCAGGUGUCUGAGUCCUCUGAUUUACGGCCUGAGAGACAAGACGUUCAGACACAUCCUCAUGUACUAUCUCACCUGUGGCCUCAGAUGCACAGUGGAGCCCAUUAAAAUCUCCAGCUAUUGAUAACAUUGUUUUUUCUUGUAACAGAAACAUUUAUUCCGUUUUUAAUUAAAACUGUUUUUAAGAACUUAUAAUAAUGCUGAAAAAAUUAACUAAACUAAAACACAUGUAUGUGAAUGAUUUAAAGGGACAAUCUGCAGUUGAUACAUACUUUUUUUUAACUUACAAAUAAAUUAAGGAUAUGCUCCCAUUGAUUCUUGAAGAAUAUUACUUAUACUUCGGGGUCUGAUGGGGUUCGAGGCAUUUAUACGUUUGUUUGACUCUAAUGUUCGUAAACAAAGUAAAUGUAAACAAACUCUAUAGCCUCAAAACACGAUUAAAACGAUCAUUUUGAUAUUAUGGAAUGUCAGUCCUUGCAUCCAUAGCACUUUCUUUGAAUUUGAGAGUACUUACAUUUCUCCAGCCUCAUCCGUAAGCUUUUUACCCAAACAGUGGCGCUUUGUUAUUGUUUCAACUGCGGAUUGCCCCUAUAACUUGAAACCACAGUAUGUAUGUUUUCCUGUAAUACAAUUAAUGAAAUAAAC